AUGAUCAAGCAGAUUCUCAUCGUUCUCCUCUCCACGAUUAUUUUUGAAAUUCAAGCAGACGUACCACAAAAAAAUGUCAAGGAAACCGACAAGGAACACAAGGAACUGACCAAGGAGAUCAUGCAGGACAUUCAUACACACAAGGUUAUGGUGUACAGUAAAACGUAUUGCCCAUACAGCAAAAAGUUGAAAAAGAUUCUGGCUGGUUAUGAAAUUAAUGAUAUGAAGGUUGUAGAGCUAGAUCUUGCUGAAAAUACGAGAGAGAUGCAGGACAUCUUGAAAACACUUUCUGGAAGAACGACAGUGCCACAAUUAUUCAUCAACGGUCACUUUGUUGGAGGACACGACGAAACGAGAGCGAUCGAAGAUAAGGGCGAACUGCGUCCAAUGCUCGAAAAAGCGCACGCUUUAUCAACUAACCGUGUGCCUAUCGGGGUCGACGGUUCGUGA